UUUUUUUUUAAAAAAAAAACAAAAACCAAAAAAACCAUCAUAAUAUAUUGAUAAACCAAUCCCUUUUCAAAAUGUAUCAAACUAUUAUUUUAGGAAGUAUUUUAUUGAUAACGCUUUAUGUUUUAAAGCGUUCACGUGAUCCAAAUUUGAAACUGCCACCACUUGUUCAUUAUAAAAUUCCAAUUAUUGGACAUACUUUAAGUUAUAUGUUUAAUUGCGAGGAAUUCUUUAAACAAUGUAGAAAAGAGUAUGGUGAUAUUUUCAGCCUAUAUUUAUGGGGUCAAGUAACAACAUUUGUUGGAAAAGACCAUUCAUAUGAAGUAUUCGCAAGAGAUGAUGCCUUUGACUUCUCCGAAGAAUUUAGAAGAAGAGUACCAGGUGAUGCGAUGUUUAAAAAUAUAAAUGGAUUUGGUGAUCCAAAAUAUAAUGCAAAAGUAGUCCGAGAGUAUAUUUCAAAUAAAUUGGGUUUAUAUACUGAACGUAUGCAAAAAAGCCUUUAUUCGGCUACUAAAAAAUAUAUUGGUGAUUGUGAUGACGAUCGAACAAUUUAUAAUUUUAGUUAUUUAAUGGCAAAAAUUAUUUCUACUCCUAUUGCAAAUAUUUUUAUUGGUGAAGAAGAAGCUAAAUAUGAUGAAAUUAUAACUACAUUCGCAGAAUUUACAACUGAUGUAGCAAUAUUUUUUGCAAUUCCACCAAUUUUGGAUUUCAUUUUUCCAGGACUUCAAGAUUAUGUCAAUCGUAUUCCAAUAAAAUUAGGAUUAUAUAAUCCAGCUACAAAACAUCGUGAUAUACUCGUUAAACAUAUUAAAAAUCAAGUUGAUAAACGUUUACGGGAGAAACAAGAAUAUGGUGAUUCGUGGAAACGUCCUAAUGAUUUACUUCAAGAUUUUAUGGAAGAACAAGAUUUUGAUCCUAAUAAUAUUAAUUAUGCAGCAAUGGCAGAUAAAUUAUGUAUAUUUAUUUUCGCAUCAGUCCAUACAACAUCAAGAAGUUGCGCAAAUGCUGUUAUGGAUUUGGCAUCUAGACCUGAAUAUAUGCAGGAAUUAUAUGAAGAACAACUAGAAAUUCAUAAAAAAGCAAAUGAAAAUGAUAUACUUCCAUUUGAAGCUCUUAAUGAAAUGAAAAAAUUGGAUAGUUUUAUUAGAGAAUCAUUCAGAUUAACUGGGGAUAUAGCAGCCCUUCCACAUCUUGUAUUAAAAGAUUAUACAUUUUCUAAUGGAUUGCAAGUACAAAAAGAUCAUGUAGUUGAUAUUUAUUUUAAUGAUGUUUAUCAAGAUGAAUCAUCACAAGGCCCAAACCCAAAUUUAUUUGAACCAUUUAGACAUUUAAAUAAAAACUCUUCAGCAUCAAAAGUUAGUAAAAAUUUCAUAGUAUUCGGAGGUGGUAAACACGCUUGCCCCGGAAGGUUUUUUGCCGUAAAUGAAAUUAAAUUUUUUAUGCAUAACGCUAUAUUAAAAUAUAAUUUCCGUACAGAAAGUGGUAAAAUUGAAAACAAAUUGAGAUUAGGUCCCAUAACAUUUCCAAGUACUAGUGGAAUCAUUUUUGAAAGAAGAUUUAAAUAAUUUAUUAAUCUUUUCAUGUAUUUUUAUCAUAUAUAAGUUGUUUUUAUUUUCAUAUUUUUAUUUGUUU